AUGUGCGCCGGGAGCGCCGCGAGUCUGAGAUGCCAAGUGAUCCCAGCUUUAAGCUGCAGCAGUUCGCGAACGUGGCUUCGCGACUUCAUCAGACUCCUCACAGGAUGCACUCCUCGUGCGCGACCUGGACCUCCGGACGUGCACGCGCCGACCGCCGACCGCAGGGUGACGGCGCGACUUCAGGAGAUGGCUUCCCAGACCCCCUCGCGCGUGCGCUCUCUCAGCGUCCCCGGCUUCAGUCCGGCGAAGACCAGCCCGCCCGAGCUGGCGAAGGUGGCUUCGAGCCCCUGGGCCCGAGGCCCCUUGCGGCCCUGCAACCAGCCCAUUCGGCGGCACAAAGGCAAAGACAGGGAGCUCAGCAAGAUUCAAAGCUCCAAUGCCACGGAGCUAGGGGCCUCUUCGGUGGAGCAAGAGAACCGGCCUGGUGCCAGGCUCCUCUUCUCACCACCACCGCGGACGGAGGUGAGCUCCGGUCCUUCUCGAAGUCCUGAAGAGGUGGUGGAGUUCUCAUCCUCCAGGAGUCCUGAGACGGAAAUCCCAGGAUGGUGGCCUGAAGACAGCGACCUUUGUUGCCCUUAUGCAGACUUCGAGCCGCUCCCCAUCCCGCGGCGCCCCGGGCGUUAUGCAGGUUGCUCCGUGCAGGCCAUUGCAGACGGGGCAGACCAGGACCCGCCCCGGAAUCAGCACCAGUUCUUCCGGGACCACAGAGGAAGACCACGCCAACAACCAGCGCAGGCCACAGAAAGGGCAGAGCAGGAUCGGCCGAAGUUCUUCAAGGCAUUGGGUCUCUGUGCCAUGGUGCUGUUCGCUGUCUUGAGCCUUUGCUGGCUCCAUGCGCAAGGCUUGAACGUGCUCAACAACAGCGCCAGGAAUGACACUGCCACGGAGAAUUUUACGCUUCCCAGCGCGGAGGGCUUCCGGGACACGAAGGUCUGGGGACCACCCACCUGGUUCUUCCUGCACUCCCUGACGUUGGCACUGCCAGAGGAGGUGCCGCGAGAGCAGCAAGCUCAGAUCAAGAACUUGCUGGUGUCUUUGCGAGAGGUCUUGCCCUGCGCCCAGUGUUCGGACCACUGGAGGGAGCAGAUGGAAGAGGAUCCGGUCGAGCCACAUUUGGCUCACCGGGGUAGCAUGGUGAAGUGGAUGAUCCGCAUGCACAACAAGGUGAACCAGCGGAAUGGCCUAAAGCUGCAGACGGAAGCCGAGGUGCUGGAGGAAUAUCAGUUGGCCUACGACAAGUUUGGCCGCUGGGGAGGGUUCCAAGCAGUUUUGGGGCCGAAGAUUGAGAAGUCCUACAGCACCAGCAAGGUCCUCCCCUCCCCCUUCAUUGCAGCUGUACUUCUCUUCGCAUGUCUAAUGCCCCAAGGAGGCUGA